AUGUUGUACGACUACUACGGAUUUCCUCCUGAGAGUUACGAGAUAAAAUACCCAGCACCAGGAGAACCAUCUCUUGCGCAGGAGAUGGUGGCGGCGUUGAAAUCCAAUGGGCUCGCGGCGGAGCUGGAUGGUAGUCGGCCCUUUGACCAUGGUGUGUUUGUUCCUCUUAUGAUUAUGUUUCCAGAGGCCAAAAUUCCUGUUUUGCCCAUCUCUGUCCUUCGGGGCGGGGAUCCGGCGGAGCACAUUCGGAUGGGCGAGGCUCUACGACCUUUUCGAUCCCGUGGCGUCUUCUUUUUGGGGAGUGGAUCCACGAUGCACCACUUUUCGCACUUCAACAAGAAAGAUGCCGGAAAAAGGUUUGGCGAUGCACUAAGUGAGGUUCUUUGCGCAAGUGACAAGGCAAUGCCCCCAGAAAAGCGUAUGGCAGCAGUAAAGCGGGUGACUGCGAUGGCUGGAUUUGACGAGGCUCAGCCUCGUGGUGCGCUUGAACACCUUAUGCCGCUCUUCACUCUCUUUGGGACGGCGAAUGGGACACAGGCCAAGGAGGUGGCCAAUGUGCCUUUUUUCGAGGCCAACGUCCGCCACCACCUCUUCCCAAAUUAG